GGGGCGAAACAGCGGGCGAUUUGGAGAGUGUUUUGCCAUUUUAUCGUGGCUCACCGGACAUUGCGCAUCACUUAUAAUGUUAGCAUCUAGGUUCAAAAAGUUGUGCACCUGUUUUACUUCGUAUCAAGAUAUUCCAGCAAUUCUCCUACUAAUGCUACUAUAUGUUUUUCAGGGCAUUUCUAUCGGCAUUUCUGCUUCGAUUCCAUUUCUUCUUCAAUCAAAUUACCAUACCGGUGGCUAUAAUUUACAAGCAACAUUUUCAAUAUCAGCUUGGCCUUUUGCUAUGAAACUUCUCUGGGCUCCAAUAGUUGAUUCAAUUUACGUCAAUUUUAUUGGAAGACGGAAGACGUGGCUCAUAAUAACUCAGUAUGCAAUUGGAAUAGAGUUAAUUGUGCUAGCAAGUCGUAUCGAUGAUUGGUUUGGACGAGACCCCAACAAAGCGUGGAGUCAGUUGGGAUCACAUCAUCCAGUUGCUAUAAUACCCUUAACUAUAACAUUUUUCGUACUUACAUUUCUGACAGCUACACAAGAUAUUGCGGUUGAUGGCUGGGCCUUGACAUUGCUAUCGAAGAAGAAUGUUGGUUUGGCUUCUACUUGUAAUAAAGUUGGACAGAGCCUUGGUUAUGCGUUAUCAUUUAUUCCCUUAGUUUGCUUAGAGUCUCCUGAUAUUACUAACAAAUAUCUUAGACGAACGCCUAUAGCAGACAAAGGAUUAAUAACAUUUUCCGGUUUUCUCUAUGCAUGGGGUUUUGGUUUCAUGAUAUUUAACACAGUUUUGGUAAUAUUUAAACAUGAAAAAGGCUCGAAAUUGGAUGGGAUUAUACGUUACUUCGUAAGAAGUCGUUUAUUCAGUAAAUCGAACUACUCGACGCACUCAUUGAACAGUGAACAGACGGCAAAUAAAAACGAACAAACGGACGGAAGUGAAAAAGUCUCAUUGCUUAAUACAUAUAAGACUAUUAUUGGUGUUAUCCAACUGAAACCUGUCGCGUUGUAUUUGAUAUUGAUAGUUUCAGCAAAGGUAUGUGCUUUUGGUACAUAUACAGCUACAAAUUUAAAGCUAAUCGAACAGGGAUUUGCUAAAGAGAAACUGGCAUUAUUAAACCUUGGAUUUUUGCCAAUGGAAUUUAUUUUACCCUUGUUAUUUGUACGUUUUACUACUGGACUGAAACCAUUGACUACUGGUCUAAUGAUAUUUUUACCAAGGUUACUGACAAAUUGUUUAUUUAUUCCAAUUAUUCAUUUCAUACCGCAUUUUCGAAUGAUUUCAAAUGAUACCUUAAUGAUGAAUAAUUCGAAUAUGACAACAUUAAAUAAUUACACAACUACUACUAAUAAUAAUCAUACAAUUAUUUUAAUGAAAGAUAAACCAACUUAUUCAUUUCCAUUGAUAUUCUAUGCAAUAUUAAUAAGUGGCUUCCUUUUGGAUAAAAUUACAGCAACAGUUAUAUUUGUACAAUUUCAAGCGUUUCAUGCCAAAAUAAGUGAUCCGAUUAUUGGAGGAACCUAUAUGACAUUAUUGAAUACUGUAUCAAAUCUUGCUGGUGCUUUAGGAACUACUGUCUCUCUCGCUCUAAUAGAGCGUUUGACAAUUCAUUCAUGUACGAAAAAUGCCAGUCAUUCUGGAAUACAUACAAACACUAGUGGGGUAUUUUUAAAUAGUUCAUUGGCUACUGAAAAUACCACUUGCUAUACUUUAGAUGGAAAUAACACAUGUAUUAAUCCAAUAGAAUCAUGCGUUAAAGUAUUCGAUGGAUACUAUAUUGAAGUGAUAGCUCUUCUCCUCGUUGGUUCAAUAUUAUUUGUAUUGUUCUUUUAUCCAAAAGCAAAAUAUUUGCAAAGUUUACCAGUAACGAAAUUUUAUUACAAUCCAACUACUGAUGAAUACAGUUGUUUUGGUCGUAAAUUUAACUGUUGUCGUAAAACGGAAAAUCAGUCUUUAACUAUAGUUGAUUAUUUUGAAAGUAUGGAAAACAAUACUGAUACUACUAGUACUGCUGCUGUUGCUACUACUACUACUACUACUACUACUACUACUAAUAAUAAUAAUAAUAAUAAUAAUAAUAAUGGUGAAAUCAAAUUACUACUGAACAAUUAAUAUAUAUAUAUGGCCACUGAUUAUUUUUUUAUUCAUUUAUUACCAAGAUGGAUAUUUUUAUAAUUAUGGUGAAUUUUUAUAUUCGGUUACUAAUAUUUUCUACUUAUAAAGAACAAUUUGAAAAUUUUAUCCUUUUUUAAAUUAUUUGUGGAAAAAAUUGAUUUAAAGUUACUUUUCUUCUUUCUUUAAAGAAAAAACAGAACUGUCAUUUAUUUUGUGUCGCAGAUAUUCUUAUUUUGUAAACUAAUGUGCAACCUUGUUUACUUAUAUUUUCAUUAUGCAUAAAUGAUUCGUGAAAAAUAUUAUCCUAUUAAGAAUGAAUGAUGAUAACCGUUACUUAAUGAAGAAAAGGAGAUGAAGUAUGUUUAGUGUUAUGUUCUUACUGUUUUUUUUUAUUAUUGUUUUUUGUUGUAUUCGAAAUGUUUUAUUUCUAUUCAGUUGGUUGGAUAUAUGAGAUCACGAAAUUAAUAACUGUCAUAUGUUUUCAUAUGUAAAUGGAAGAAACAAUGAUGCACAGAGAGAGAGAGAGAGAAAAUGAGAGUGAGUAGUGAUAUACAACGUAACUUUUGAUUUCUAAAUUUGCAGGGCAAUAUGAUUGUUAUUUUUAUAAUGAUUUUGUACUUAUCUACAGUCAGUUUGUAUACGACGAACGAUAUAUAAAGUUGAGUUAAAUAAAUUUGAAUGAAUGAAUCUGCAAUCUUUUAAUUGGUGGAUGUGUUUAAAUGUUCCGUUGAUGAACCGUUUUAUACAAUAAAUACCGUCUUCCAAAUUUAAAAUUUUAAUUGUUCGACAAACUGUCUGCAAUUUUCAGUUGAAAAUAAAUUUCUUACGUUUUGGAAAAUAAUUGUUUACCCAAAAUUUACAAAAAUAUAUAUAUAUAUAUUAAGAUACCGAGAAAAUGAAUUUAAACUGUUUUACAAGCUGAGUAUUCACACUAAUCGAGCAAGAAUAAACUUCAAUAUGUACUAUUGUUAUCGAUUAUAUUUUGAAUACUGCGUAACAGUUAAAGCCAGAACGCUCAUUUCAUCAUAUAUGGAACUCGUCGAUUAGAAGUAUUGACAUUUCACUGUAGGUGUCAAAACUGAGAUUUGGACUCAAUGCUCAUCGCUUCAAAACGAAUGGAUAGAACGAAAUUUUUGUUGUUCCUGGCAAUAUUCUUAGGUUUUGUAUUCCGUCUAAGUAACUAUUGGACGAAAGCUUUCUAAACUCUUGUUUGGUCAAAGAUGAUGAACUUACAGAAAACACAAGAAAGCGUUUCCCAUAGGUUUUGGACUGAACUGAGGUGAAUAAACCUAGUGUAAUUGGAUUCGAAACCGUAAGUCGUAAAUUGCUUUAUCUGAAAUGUGUGUUUGUCAGUAAAAAUCGUGCCUCAAAAGAAAUUACCAAAGGUUUGUGAUGCUUACUCAAGUUGUACAUUUCCUGCUCACCCAUCGCAUUGAAAUUAAUCAGAAUAUCAAAUUCAAAGACAUAAUGGUAUACCAAUUGAUGUUGCAGAAGCAGAAGAACAUGAGAUACCAUAUAAUUAUAUAAUUAGUGUACAUUCUGAACUGAAAAGAUGCGAUUUAUCUGGAAUGGAGUACUAUCAAAAGGAACAAUAAAAUGGAACGAGGCUUUCAAACGUUGAAUAAUAAGUUUCCCAGGUGUCGAUAAGCUGUCAAUAGCACAGUCAGAAGGGAAAUGAAUCCUUCAGAUGAUUGGAUAAUAAUAAUAAUAACUACGAUACCUAUCAAAAACAACACAAGACCGUCAAACAUACGCGCAAUUAAUAACAUAAAUCAAGCUCAAUGAAUUAAAAAUUGCCGAGCUUCCCAGGUUAAGCUACGUUUCAAUCAGUAGCAUACAUGAUACAGAAUAAUUAAUAAGAUAGGAAAAAUGUAGCAAUACAAGUAGGAAACGCGUUUAAAAUAUCGGAUAUAAAUGCGUAUGAUUCCCAAGUCUCGUAACGAUUGAUAUUGAUAUAAGUUACGGAAUAAUAAUAUUAUAGUGUGGUAAACCGGGGAAAAAUGAAAUUAAUGCUGAACAGAUAUAACAAUAUAUGCUUGUAUGGACGAAUAGAGUUGUCUAGGAUAGAAGACAACCACUAGGUUUCCAAAGGUGGUGGUCUAACAUCAAUCGGUUCAUGAUCUCAAUCAAAAAAUAUUAUUAAUUGAUGGUAUGUGUGUAUAGUAGACGAAAUAAUGGUUAAACUAGAAGGAUAAUGAUGGUUAUUUAUAAUAAAUAAUCGUAUCAGGUCCUUUUUGAACUGAGAAAUGUGUAUGAUGUAAUUUUCUAACCGGAUGAAAAGUGUUUCUGGAAAAUAAUAAGUUUU